UUUUACCGUAUGUCAAAGUGUGUAGUGUACAGUAAUUAAAUUCUUAGUAAAGUUUAAUUAAAAACAUCACAAUCUCAAUGAUUAACAAUUUUUUACCCUGGUUGUGCCACUUGUUGCGAGCUACUAACAAAUUAGAUACUUCCUGUGUAGUUUAGUAGAGCUAAGAUGUAAUCAAAAAAGGCUUGUUUACAUUAAAAUAAUGUACAAACCCCCACAAAACAGUAAUAGAGUAAAAUUAAUAAGAAAGAAGUUUGAAAAUUGUAGUGACAGCAAAUCCCCUGAAAGACAAAAUGGUACAAAUUGGAAAAGGGAUAACUUGAGUCCAAAAAAAAUCACUAUAAGAACACGAGAUCAAUUAAAUGAUUUAGGAUUUCAACAUCAGUAUCCCAAAUCUGACGAAGUGCCUGAAACAAAGCGACAUGAAAAACAAUUACUGCAGAGGCAGUUAAGUGACCCUUCUAAACGAAACAUCAAGAGAACCCCUGCCUUUAGAGUGGACAAAAGUGCAGAACGUACCAGUGCUUUCCAAAGAUGUAACCCAAGUACCUUAUAUGAAAGUAAAUUAAAACAGUUUAGUGCCGUUAAAUAUAACUGUGAUAGCAACAGCAAUUUAUUGAGUAAAAAGAGUGAGACUACACCGUUGAUAGAAAAGGAAUCCAAACAUGUGCCGAAAAGUAGUAACAAAAAACCGUUUUUAGUGAAAUCUAAAAGUUCUCUUGAAUUUCAAUAUUGUAGGAACAAAAAUAAUAAAGAAUCUCCCAAAAAUGUUCCUAAUAGUUGCCAUGACAGUACAAAUGAGAAUGAUAAAUCAAUGGAUUUAUCAAUGUUAUAUACUGAACCUAUUCCUAAAGCCUUGCGGAGGAAUAAUUCGAACUGUACAGAUCCUUCAAAUUCUCCUCUUCCUACUAAAAAGAUUGACUCCAUCUAUAACUCAAGUACUCUAAAAUUAGUGGAUAAAUUAUCUGAUAAUAAAAAAAGAGAAUCUUUUAGUGAUUCAUUAAAACUGGCACUAAGUAGGCCUUUACCUAAAGGUCCAGCACCAAAAAAACCCCCUAGAGCCUUCCAAAUACUAAAUUUAGAAAAAGCGUCAGAUAUUUCAAAAAAUUCAUCAUUUUUACAUACCCAUCAAACUGAAAAGAAACCACUUGUGCUGCAAAAAGUAUUAAAAAAAGGGGACCCAAAAUAUAUGCUCAAUAAACUCGAAGAUGCGGUAAGGAAUAAUAAGUUACGAGGUAAGAAACAUAUACCUCGUGUAGAACUAUCUAUCACAUCUGGUGAAGAUAGCGAUGACAGUGUACUUUCACGUACUAAAUCCAAUCGAACUCUACCUAGAUUGCCUAGUCAGGAAUUAGAUUACAGUAAUACUUCUGCAUUUAAUUUUAAUUGCUUGAAUGGGUUAAAAUUUGCCAUAUCGAAUUAUGAAAAAAUCAAAGAACCGAACUCUUGUUUUUUUGUUGAUAAUCCCAAGGAACCCGUUUAUGCAGAGCCAUAUCAUCACAGAAAAGAUUCACUAGAUUCUGUCCUUAUGAAGAGGGAUGGGUCCUGCAGAAGCAAGGAAAGUGCACGAAAUAGCCUGUAUUAUAUGAGCACGCCUGUAUUGACUGGAUCAAAAUUUUUCAACAUGACUGAACAUAGUGACAAACAGAUGUCUGCCGAAAACUCAUCCCUCUCUUCUUCCACAUCUGAGGCUGAUACAUCACCAACUGAGGAAUCUCCAAAAAUUCGCAGUAUUAUAGAAUGUUACGAAUCUAAAAGUUCUCCCACUGUUAGCCGUGCCACUGGCAAAAAUCGAGUGGAGAAUUUAAAGAAUUCGCUUCAAAAAACCUUGGAUACAAGUUUUAACAAUAUAUGUUCCAUACGAGAUUCUGAUUCAGAAAAUAAUGACAGUGAAAAAGUAUCUUCUAUUAUCAAGAAAUUUGAGACAUAUCGGCAAAAUGUGCCCAAAUAUUGCACCAAUAAAGUUAACAAGGAUACGUUAUUUUAUUGUUGCUUAAUAAUAGAAAAAGUGAAAGAUAUAGCCAGGAUUAAAUUUAAGUAUCCCUCAAAUGCUGAAGUUCCUCAAAGCAUCGAACAUCUGUGCUUUCCCGAAAAUGAUAUUACAACGCUAACUAUGUCGGAUCUCUCGCAAAACUAUUCCCUCUUGAUAACCAAUGAUAAAGGAGAACGUACAUAUGGAUACUGCAGAAGAGUCCUUCCUGAAGGUUCAUCGUGUUGUUUACCACUAACCUAUUGCAUCUUGAGCAAAUAUAGAGCACCCAGGUUUUAUAAAAAGAUUUUAGUUGAGCUAGAAUCGAGGCAUGGAAUUCCGAACAAAUAUAGAGACGAAUUAAUCAAUCAAUUCUACAAUCAAAAAUUCCCCAAACAUGGAGACUCAAUAAGGAUAAACCUCACUGAUAUAGAACCAAAUGUUUACAAGACUGAAAAUGAUAAAGAAAAUAGCACUAAGGAAAACUUAGAAGAAUCCGUUGAAUUAGAUGCAUACAUUCACGUAAACAGAACUGGGGAUUAUGCAGGAAGUCGGAGACUUUCGGAACAAAUCUUCAUUAAUGGGGAUGAUAUGAAAAAUCUUUGUUCGAUACCUAGUUAUAUUGUACAAAGCGAAGAAAAGAAUGAACUGGUAUUAACGCUUCAUCCUGAUACUAGGUAUGAGGACUCUGAUCUCAAGAAGUUGCAUCAAUUGCCUUCGGAAGUAUUAUUGAAGAUAUUUUCUUCGAUGUUGUUGGAAAGAAAAGUAAUACUUAUCAGUUCUAUGAUGAGUAAUCUUUCGUCGUGUAUAGACUCGCUUCAAAGUAUUCUAUAUCCUUUUACGUGGCAUCAUACAUGCAUACCAAUUCUCCCAGAAUCGUUGUGGGACAUCGUGGAAAGCCCAACACCCGUACUAUGUGGAGUACUGUCCAAAUCCGUUGUUGAAAAUUACCAAAUUGAGAAUGGUAUCGUUGUAGAUUUAGAUACUGGUACAGUGCAAAGAGAAGAAGGAGACGAAAAUAAAAUAUUGGCUGGAAGUAUGCAGAAAGUAUGGAGAAGAAGUAUUAUGUUAGCUAACAAAGCCGCAACUUCGUUGGAAUAUGUUCGUUCGGUGUAUUUAAGUGACGCUUACCUUCAAGUAUUUAUCAUGUGUUUCAAGGAUUAUAAGAAGUAUUUUAGGGAUGGCGUUUUUCAGAAAGAAGAGUUUUUGAAAAAUGCAAAAUCAAAAGGAAUAAGAAGAUUUUUAAACAUGUUUACGGAGACAUACAUGUUUCUUGCCUUUCUAGAGACUGUAGUAAAUACUCCUGAGAAUCUCGUUGGAUUUGAUAAAAAAAUAGAAAUGUAUGGAUCUGAAGAUUCUAAUGUUAUAUUGGAUAAGCUUCUUGAAUGGAAUAGGUAGUUUAAUACAUAAUCUAUUUUUACAAAAUGUUUUAUUUUUGUUGUAAAUUAUUACAUGUAAAGUAUUUUUGAUACGAUUUUAAUAAAAUGCAUUCAA